AUGAUUCGCUCUAGUAUAAACCCCACAUACUCCACUAUGGUCCAACUGUUGACAUCCAUAUGGCCACUUCUCCAAGUUACGGGCCCUUUCAAUGAAGUUCCAGAAGAAUACUCAUUUGCAGACGCUUGUGAAGCUCUAACGCAUGCGAAGGUUCUAGUCGUGGGAGCCGGAGGCCUUGGCUCGGAAAUACUAAAGAACUUGGCUCUUACAGGCUUUAAACAUAUUGAAGUUAUCGACAUGGACACAGUCGACGUUUCUAACCUUAAUCGACAGUUUCUCUUUCGGGACAAAGAUGUCGGAAGGCCGAAAUCAGAGACAGCAGCGAAGUAUGUUCUCAAUCGCAUGAACGAUCCAACAUUACGCAUCAUUCCACAUUUCUGUAAGAUUCAAGACCAACCCGCCGAAUUCUACAAGCAGUUCACAGUGGUUGUUUGUGGGUUGGACAACAUCGAAGCACGUAGGUGGAUUAAUGCCUUACUAGUGGGGUUUGUGGGUCCCGACCUCAGUAACCUAAUUCCAUUAAUCGAUGGGGGUACAGAAGGUUUCCGGGGCCAGUCAAGGGUUAUCUUGCCCACGUUAACUUCAUGUUUUGAAUGCUCCUUGGAUAUGAUAUCACCAAAAACGACCUAUCCCGUAUGCACAAUAGCAAACACUCCUCGGCUUCCAGAACACUGUAUUGAGUGGGCAUCUCAGUUGGAAUGGCCCCGAAGAUUUCCAGGUCGAAAAUUUGAUGCUGAUAAAGAUGAUGACGUUGAUUUGAUGUACCAACUAUCUUUGGCGCGUGCCACUGAGUUUGGGAUCGAGAAUGUUACUCGGAGCCUAACAUUGGGCGUUGUUAAGAACAUCAUUCCCGCCAUUGCAUCGACGAAUGCAAUUGUUGCGGCUUCAUGUUGUAAUGAAGCAUUCAAAGUUGUGACAAGCUGUAACCCAGCUCUUUCGACCUACAUGAUGUAUUCUGGAGAUGACUCCAUUUUCACGUAUACAUUUUCGCACACUCGAAACACGAAUUGCAGUGUAUGUUCUACUGGAGUCAAGAGAAUGAGAGCUAAGCGAUGGUGGACUGUUGCUAGAUUUUUGGAAGAGCUAGCGACGAAACAAGACAUCUUGGCGAAAGCUCCCUCCGUCAGCAGUGCUCGCGUCUCGUUGUACAUGAGACAACCUGCUUUUCUAGAAACACAGACACGGGAGAAUUUACUGAAAAAACUCAGUGAAUUAGUUCAAGUGGGAGAAGAGUUGGUGGUAACAGAUCCAAGUCUUCCUGUACCCAUUCGGUUAGUCUUGGAUCUGUUUGAAGGAUCAGAACAAGAACCUCUAGAUCUUGGCUCCCUCCUACAGUAG